UCGAAUACUUUCCACCAUCAUGUUAGGGUUCGCUCUCCCCUUUUUAGAGCUGUAGGUGCAAGCAUUCAGGUUGGAAGUAGAAGAGGAAGAGGAGUUACAGAAAUCAAAGAUCUGAGCAGAGAGGAGUUGGAGACGUUCAGGAUAAUCUGACAGCAUUUGAGGAAUAUUUCUUCUGAUAACUAUGUCGGACAAACAUACCGGCCAAAGAAAUCCGUCCUCCAAUAGGAACAUCAGGAAGCUGCGCACCAUUAGCGUUGUGUGCAGCCUGACAGGAAGCUGGCAGCAGUGGGUGACGGAGAACGAGAAAAAGCAGGCCAAAGAACCUAGCGGUUGGGCUCCAGAUUCGCUUAAAGAAACCAAAGGGGAAUCCACAAAGACAUGGGUCCCAAAGAAACCUCCUCCUGUUCAGAUCCAGCCAAUAGAAGCUUCACAACAAAGUGAAAUCACUUCUGGAGAAGCUCAAAAGACUGCUCACAUGGAUGCCAAAUAUUCCUCCAAGACUGAGAAGGUGAACACCACAGCCGAGGAGCCAUCUCACAUCAAGAUAAAGACAGUUGUGAAAACAGUGACCAGCGGUGUUCAGGAGAAAAGUGCUGGCAUUGAACUUUUGACAGAGAGGAUCAAAAAGGAGUCUUUGCCAACAGAUGAGGAGAUUGACAGGCUUCUGAAGAAGAAAAGCUCACCUACUCGCCGCCGAAAAUGCUCCAACAUGGUGUCAUCUCUGACCAAGAGCUGGAAGCAGGUCGAGAGUGGGCAGGAGCUUGGAAAAGAGGGUAGGGGCCCAGGUGAAGGACGUUACUGUGCUGGUGCUGGACACACUGUGGCAGAAAUAGGGACACUGGACACAGUGGAUGGUUAUUCACACAGGAUAAACCCUUUAAAAGAAGAAGAGCAAGAACACUCUGAAGGUGCCUCUGAGUCAGCAAUAAGAAUUAAAAGACCCUCAGUCCCUACGUACAAGAAGGAAGCGGAGGAUGCGAACAAGAUCAAUGCCCUCUCCAAGAAAUAUAGCACUGUGGGAAACCUCAAGAGCCGCUGGCAGAGCUGGGCUUCAGAGCACACUGUUAACCAGAAACUGAACCCCUUCAGUGAAUAUUUCGAUCUCGAUUACUCUAUGUCCCUGCGCCUCCUAAAAGGCGAAGAAGGUUAUGGACGCCCCAAGGAGGGUACCAAAACUGCAGAGAGAGCCAAACGUGCCGAGCAGCACAUCCAGGGUGAAAUAUCUGAUAUGUGUUAUGUGAUCAGGACGAUGGCUGAUCCAGAUCCAGACGGAAAGACCCGUGUCACGUUUGGACAGCUGUUUGACAGAUAUGUUCGGAUCUCUGAUAAGGUGGUGGGGAUUCUAAUGAGAGCCAGGAAGCACGGGAAGGUGGCGUUUGAAGGGGAGAUGCUGUGGCAAGGCCAGGAUGAUGGGGUUAUCAUUACUCUGCUGGUGUGAGGUUAAGAUCUGGGUGGAAAUCCUCUUAUAGUUACUCGUAUAAUAACAUCAGUCCUUAUCAAGCAGGGCUGAGAGGAGGAUUUAAAAGACAAUUAGACCUCGUCUUUUUCAGUAGACACUAGCAAAACAGUAUCAAAGGAGACCUCAAAGCUUGGCAGAUGAGUCAGACUAAUCAAAAAUAUUUUUUUAGAGACUUUUUUUGGGAGUUGCUGCUGUCAUGGAUAUGUUUGAGAUAUAUGCAAUCUUUUAAGUUUGAGCUGUUGUCUGCUUAAAUUUCCAUUGAUUAUCAUUUGUGUCUCUAUUGCACUUUUAUUGCUUAUGUUGAAGAGAUACUUGAUAUGCCUAUGUUAAUGUACGAAAUAUCCAGCAGCUUUGCAUUAAAGUGCAGCACAGUAAUUCAAACACGGAUGGGGUUUCAUUGCCUGAAUACCUGCAGCUCAGCAGCCAUUAAACUGUACCGGGCACAAUGCAGUGAAACAGGGCAGACCACAGCACUUUUAAACAUCCUGCCCUGUUAGACUACGCCUGCCCUGACUAAUGUAAAGGGUGACUGUGAAUGCCUUGGGAAAAAAGGAAAACUUUCUUUUUCACAUCCUGUUAUUAAGGU